GCGAACCGUACAAUGAGCGAUGCCGUGGCUGUCCACGGACGGGAUCCCCAACACCUCAUUGAAAAGAUUAUUCGUGAACGCAUCUACGAUUCACUCUACUGGAAAGAACAUUGCUUCGGCUUGUCUGCUGCAACGUUGAUGGACAAGGCUGUUGAACUAUCAGCUGUCGGUGGACAAUAUGGCAAUCAACAACCCACAGAGUUCCUUUGCUUGGUACUCAAGAUGCUUCAGCUCCAACCAGAAAAGGAUAUUGUCAUUGAAUUAAUUAAGCAAGAAGACUUUAAGUAUCUGCGUGCGCUGGGCGUCUUUUAUUUGAGACUGGUUGGCCGGUCCAAGGAGAUCUAUCAGUAUUUGGAGCCAUUGUUGAAUGACUAUAGAAAAUUACGAGUUCGCCAAGGAGAUGGAUUUAUACUCUCACAUAUGGAUGUUUUUGUGGACCAGCUAUUAAGGGAAGAGCGUGUAUGUGAUGUGAUUCUGCCACGUCUGGUUGCACGU